CUAUCGAUAUGUCCGCCUUUUAUUUUAUGUAAACACAACAGUCGGGCGGACACACAAAAAGCAAUCGGUGGACACAGUUGAAUGCAUAUCAACGGUCGUUGCAUCUGCCUCCGCGAAGCUCAGCAGCAGCCGGGUUUUUAGCUCCGGUGAGCGGCGGUGGCUUCUCCGUCAGCUUCCCCGCGGAGUGACAACAAACUGUCGGCUAGCAGCGAGCUAAAGCUUACGUCGAACCCCGCUCGGUCGGUCGGUCGGUACGUCGGUCCCCGCAGCUCCGUUCACUGAGUGUCCGUCGCCGUCAGAGAGAAGAGGACUCUCUCAUGGUGGUCCCACUUCAAUGGGGAACUGUCUGUUUUCACAAGGAGCGGAUGACCUGUCGCUACUGAACGAGUCCGAGGGGGGCAGCCUGCCCGGAGAGCCCCCGCCACCCUACCAGGAGCGCUCCCAGCCAGUGCCGGUGUACCAUCCGACCCCAGGUGAGAGUCGUCUGGCCAGCCAGCUGACUGAGGAGGAGCAGAUUCGCAUCGCCCAGCGCAUCGGGCUCAUCCAGCACCUUCCCAAGGGCAUCUUCAACCCGGGCUCCGACCCCUCUGAGAAGAAAGUCAAAGAGUGUGUGAUCUGCAUGAUGGAUUUUGAGUAUGGCGAUCCCAUCCGGUUCUUGCCCUGCCUUCACAUCUACCAUGUGGAUUGCAUUGACCCCUGGCUGAUGCGCUCCUUCACCUGCCCCUCCUGCAUGGAGCCAGUAGAUGCAGCCUUGCUGUCCACAUAUGAAACCAACUGAGCAGCCCCCGGCGGUUGCUCCUGCCUAAAAGUAACUGCACCUUUUUAGCCAAAACUGUCCUAACUGUUCAAACAGGUAGCCAAGGUGAUGUGAUAUUAUGCAGAUAUUUGUAGGGCUUUUGAGUAUUCAGACAGAUGUUGACAAAUGUGCACUACAGUAAAUUGUAUAGGUCAGAUAUGCAUCUAUUUGGGCUUUGUGAAGUCUGCCUUUUGCAGAAGGACGAUGUGCCAAAUCAAGCUAGAUGAAGAAAAGCUGUGCCAGUAGCAAAAUAUUACUGCAAAGUAAUUUCACUUUCAUACGAUUGACAGUCAUGAUUUUUGUAGUAGCCAAUGUGAUUUGCUUCCCCUUUCAAGACAUAAUGUGCAAUAUGUUAUGAAAAUGGAGAAACUGCAGGAAAUUUGUCUUGGUCAAGUGGGCAUCCCAUGAUCUUGAUUGUCAACAGAAACACUUGUCUCUCAUAAAUUGCAAUCAUCAAAAUGCAGAAAAAAUAACAUCCAUUUACCAGAACAAAGAUGCGCUGUGAUGUCUAAUGACUGUUUUCACCUGCAGCCUCAUGAGAUACAAUGUUGUUUCAGCAUUUGAGGAUAAUUUGAAGAUUGCUUCUAUUUUAAUUUACUAGGGUUUGUUGUUUGUACUCUAGUCUUUCCUUUGAAGCUGCUUUCAUAAAUGUGAACCUGUUUUUGUCUUUCCACAAUAUGGAUGUUCUCCUUUGCUUUGCCUUGGGUUUGUGCUCUCUGUUAUUUAAAAAAAAAAAAAAAAAAACGGUCCUUAGUGUGGUUUACUGUCAGUAACAUUUACAAAGACACAAUAUGCUGUGCAAUCCCCCCUUGAAGCACCUUGAUGACCCUCAUCUGAAACUCUGUAGCGUGUAGAUUUCUUAGAUGAUGUGUGUGUGUUUUUGUGUGUGUGUGUUUUGAGGGGAUGGUCGGUAGAGAUUGGCAUGUGAAGGUAUCAUUGUGAAUGAACCCUGUCACCCUGUUGUAGUUACCUCUCUUUUUCUAGUUCGAAACUAUUGGAUAUUUGUGUCGAUGGCCUUCUUUGAUGUAUUUCCAAAGUUCCUGGGUCUAGUAACACAGAAUGCUUUUAUCUUUUGGUGGAAGACAUGUACUGUCUGACACUGACUGCGUAAUGUAUACCACAAACAAGUGUCAAAACAGAAGCUACAGCAGAAGAAAGGAAUGUAUCUUGAAUGUAGAAUAGAAUAGAAUAGAAUAGAAUAGAAUGCUUUUUAUUGUCAUCAUACACAAAGUACAACGAAAUUAAAAUGAAAUAAAAUUAAAAGUGAUUUCAGCUGUUAAAGUUCUGGACAGUAUACAUGACAAUAUGAGGACAUUUCUGAUUUACUGUGCACUUCCUGUGCCUUUUAAGGUUGAGGUAAACCAAUUCCUGUGACGUACAAUCAUUUCUGACAUUAAAUUUGUUUUCCUUUAGUUGUCCUCUAGGAGGAGACAGAUACCAGCAUUGUACUGAUUUGUGUCACUAUGAAACAGGCCGAGGAUGAAGCCAGAGAUUUGCUCUGGCUGCUGUAAACAAUCAACAACAAUCAUUUUGUCUUUUAAUUUAUAAUGUGAUCUAUCAGUGCACAGAUAUGAGGACGCUCAUGAAACCACAAUAAAAGUGGAUCCAAAUCUUU